AUGCGUCAUAUUUUGCGAUUCGUCGACUUGGACGAUACAUUUACGAGGGCAGCAUGCAAGCUCAAUGACAAGCCUGAGGGAUUUACCGACUUCGUCGCGCACGGUGGCGCAGGAAAUCACUCAUGGAACGUGAUCUUUGACGGUGUCAAAGUCGACUCAAUCGAAUCUGUACCAUCGGACAACCAGAAUGGGACCGUGGACUCCGGUAUUCUACACCCGGGACGCCCAGUCUCUGCCUCCUGGUCGCGCAAAGAUGGCAGUUCUGGCCAGAUCAAAUUCGAUUACCUUGUCGAUGCGAGUGGGCGAGCGGGCUUGGUAAGCACCAAGUAUCUGAAGAAUCGGAAGAACAAUCAAGGAUUGAAAAAUAUCGCCAACUGGGGUUACUGGAAAGGGGCAGGAGAGUAUGUCCCAGACACCCCGAGACAAGGACAACCUCUUUUUGAGGCACUCUUUGACGCGAGUGGCUGGUGCUGUAUCAAGGCCGCGUCAGAUUGGUCUUACAGCGCCUCCUGUUACCCCACUCCGUAUCUUCGUAUCGUUGGCGAUGCUGGUUGCUUCAUUGACCCAUGUUUCUCAUCUGGCGUUCAUCUGGCGCUGUCAGGUGCUCUCUCGGCUGCAACGACAAUCCGCGCAGCGAUGAGAGGAGACUGCGACGAGGAGACCGCAGUCAAAUGGCAUUCAAGCAAAGUUUCCGAAGGCUAUACCCGUUUUCUGCUUGUGGUUUUGAGUGCUCUCAAACAGAUCAGGAAACAGGACCAACCAAUCUUGAGUGAGUGGGAUGAGGAUGGCUUUGAGACAGCUUUUGCACACUUCAGACUGAGAACAACCGAUGUGACUGGCAAGCUCAGCCAAGAAGAGAUCAACAAGACAGUCGACUUCUGUCUCAACGCAUUCGAACACCAUGCCCCUGAAAAACAUGAAGCAGUCCUGAGAAAAAUGGAAACUGCCAUGCUCGCCAACAAUGCCGAAGCCCCUGCCGCUCUCUCUACUACCAAGACUGAAGCGCAGGUCGAAGAGAAGGCUAUAGUUGACCCUGAGGGUCUCUCUCCGAAUGAGCUGCGCAUCCUGAAAACUAUUCGCGCCCGGCAGAUGCUGCGCCGAGAGGAUACUCUGAGCAUUGACAGCUUCACCAGCGACGCUAUCAAUGGGGGGUUGCCACUCGUCCACAGGGGAAGCUUGGGUCUUCGCAAGGCUGGAGCUAAGUCAGGUCCCAAGGCUCCUGCGAUGGAUGACAUUACCGCCAGAGGGCCCAUGGCAAUUAAAAUGUAG